AUGCGUGGCAGCGCAGGGGCAGAGCCUCUAGCUUUCGCGGCUUGGGAGGCAGAUGAGGAAGGCAAGGGGCCGCCGCGGUUCCAGCGAAAGCACUCCAACACUCUGUCAGCAAUCCGGCGGCCGCCGCCCACUGCCCUCACACCUCCAGACACCAGCGUCAGCGUCUCCACCCCAUCUUGCUGCCCUACAGUAUUGAACGAGAAAGGGAGCGUGGGUGUGAUGUUGAGGGCUGGUCGCCGGGUCGAUCUUCUCAGGGCACACCAGGGCGGACGGGGUGGUGCGGGGCCAUUCCGCCCGCAGCAACAGGGUGCGGGUGCGGUUUCGGUGUCUGGGCUGUUCCCCAGCUUCCACCAGGCAACCAGGAUAAGCAUGUUCUUACGUGAUGCCAACCUUGCCUUCCUCCGAACACCUGACGCGUCGAAACAGGUCGGUUUGGUACUGAAGGAGGCCCAAAGAGCAGAUGCAGAGCACCCAGCAGCAAGCUCAAGAAGCCAGGCCCCAGAACUCAACUUGAAACUCCGGUCCGACGCCUCUCUCCUGAGUGUGGACGUCAUGGAAGGACACACUCAGGGCUGA